CCGUCUUCCCGGGUCCCGAGCACUCUGUGCCGGAGGUGAGGGUUUCGGGUCUGUGUCUUCCAGGAAUCGAGACUCUGCCCUUUCCUACCCAGCAAGUACCCAGGAGGGAAUGGCUGUUGCGUCUCUACCUGCCAGAUGCCAGGAAUCAGUGACAUUCGAGGACGUGGCUGUGAUCUUCACAGAUGAAGAGUGGCGCCAUCUGGCCCCCGUGCAGAGGGCGCUGUACAAGGCAGUGAUGCUGGAGAACUAUGAGAGCAUGGUCUCGCUGGGGCUUCUGGUUCCUCCACCUGAUGUGAUUUUUUGGUUGAAGAGAGGGGAUGAGCCAUGCAGAGAGGGUCUUCAAGGAUCUGAGGAGAGAGAAUGUCCACAGAUUAUCUCUCUAGAUUGGGAGACCAAGCCAGAUACUCUAGAAGUCACCAAAGAAGAAAAGCCAGAAGGAGCCCUGAGCCAGAGCCUCAGCAGGCAAAGUCCCCCGUGUCCCAGACUUGAAGUUCAAGUAUCAGGGGGAGGGUUGUGGGCAGAGAAAGAAAGCCCUGCAGUGGGGACUUGCAAGAAGCCCCCUUCCCGGGACAAAAGCCUUCACCCAAGGUUAGCCCCACCCCGGAAAAUGCUCCCUAAGGAGAGAGACCAGGAAUGCAGCGACUGCGGAAAGACCUUUUUUGACCAUUCUUCUCUCACCCGGCAUCAGAGGACACACACUGGGGAGAAGCCCUAUGACUGUCCUGAGUGCAGGAAGGCCUUUAGCCACAGGAGCAGCCUGAGUCGACACCUGAUGUCACACACCGGGGAGAGCCCCUAUGAAUGUGGAGCGUGUGGCAAAGCCUUCUUUGACCGAUCCUCGCUUACAGUGCACCAGCGCAUCCACACAGGAGAAAAACCCUUCAAGUGCAGCGAGUGUGGGAAAGCCUUCUUUGACCGGUCGUCCCUCACUCGGCAUCAGAGAAUCCACACUGGAGAGAGUCCUUAUGAGUGCCACCAGUGUGGGAAGGCCUUUAGCCAGAAAAGCAUUCUCACACGCCACCAGCUCAUCCACACGGGCAGGAAGCCCUACGAAUGCAGUGAGUGUGGGAAAGCCUUCUAUGGCGUGUCAUCACUGAACAGACACCAGAAAGCUCAUGCAGGGGAGCCGCGCUACCAGUGUAAUGAGUGCAGCAAAGCCUUCUUUGACCGCUCAUCCCUCACGCAGCAUCAGAAGAUUCACACAGGCGACAAGCCAUAUGAGUGUAGCGAGUGUGGCAAGGCCUUUAGCCAGAGGUGCCGGCUCACGCGGCAUCAGAGAGUUCACACAGGGGAGAAGCCCUUUGAAUGCAGUGUGUGUGGGAAAGUUUUCAGCUCGAAAUCCUCAGUCAUUCAACAUCAGCGGCGUUAUGCCAAGCAGGGCAUAGACUGAGUUGAGUGGGAGCUUGAGUCAGAGCAAGGACCUCUGAACAAACUUAAGGCAGGGCCCCUGUGUCACAGCCACGCCCAGCAUUUGCUCAUUCUACCCACUCUGGCUUCUGUCCUGUCUGGCCUGUUCUCCACAGUGUUUGAAUAAACACUCUGUAUCUACUGUGUUGUAGAACUGAUGUGGGCUGUAAGAGUAGGAAAUGAUUCUACGGAGUUUAGUAUUUGCAGAGGGGCUGGGGAUAUAGCUCAGUGGUAGAGCACUUGCCCGGCAUAUGCAGGGCCCUGAGUUUCUCUGACAAGGUUAUCAGAAAUAGGAUAGAUGUAGGAGGGGGUCCUCAGACAUGCCUCUUGCCAGAACCUUGGCCCCAGGUAUCACUGCACUUUAAACAAUUGGAGGCUACAAGAGGGGAAAGGCACAAUAACACCAGAACUACUGGGUUUUUUAAAUAUUAAAUUAUUUUUAUAGUUGUUAGUCUCUCAGAGCAUUUCCGGACAUUGACCUGGUUCUUCUGUGCCCCAGCUUUUAGAUUUCUUAAUAUUUCUAGUGAGAGCACUUAUUAUGGGAUAAACACUUAGCUAAGAGUUUUACAAGGACAAGGUCGUUCAGUCCUCUCACCAGCUCUGUGAAAUAGACACUGUUGCUGUCUAUAGCCUACAGAAGAGCACACUGAAGUUUGGAGAGACUGAAUAACAAGGUGACACAGUAGCAAAGGUGAAACCAGGUCUUGAGUUAGUCACUUUCAAAAUGUAUUUUCUACCGUCAUGCUCUAAGUUGUUUUAUAAUGUAUGUACAUAUAUUAUCUCCUUAACUAGAUUGUGAGCACUUGGAAGUAUGACUUACAGGACUUUGUGUUUCGCACAGUGCUGUGCAAAUAGUGCUCAAUAAAUAUUUAUCUCAAUGAAUACCAAGUUCUCUCCAUUCGAAACACCUCUUCAAUUCAUAUCCUUUCUCUGAAUUCUCAUACCCCUACCUGAAACCUUGUUAUCCCAGAUCCCAAGGCAGCAGUAGUCACUUCCAGAGUCACUACGAUGAAAGAAGUGAGAGCUAGAGGAAUUGAUGGGACAUUUGCAAGGGCCAGACUUCUCUCUCUUUUGCUCAUAUAUCAUAAGCCCAAAUCCAGCAACUGGAGACUAGGAACAGAAACAGGUACCUCCAUAUUUGGUUAGCACUGAGCUACCCAUUAAAUUUUGCAUAUUACCAUUAGGUCAGCCCCCUGCUUGUCCAUCGCCUUGAACUCAGGACCUAAGAGAGCUCCCUGUUGAACGCAGACCUCUCCAAAUACUUAUGACCUGUCUUAAUGUGAAUCCCAUUACCAAAAACUUUACCAAAUCCUGGUUCCCAAAACUUCUAUUUCCUGGUCCUAGCCCAGUAUUUUUAUUUUAUUAAAUAUUAGUCACCUUGACUCUAGAU